UUUUCUUCACCCUUCAACUAUCAAUCUUACAUAGUAAAGUGUUUUAAAAAAUGAGUUCAAAGGUUUUUGUUCUCCUUGGCCUCUCUUUGGCCGUGUUUCUCUUCAUCGCUUCUGAGGUUACGGCCAGGGAAAUGGCCGAGACUUCUACUUCAUUCGACCCAACGAAAGCUGAGAAAGCAAAUGGUGUUGUUGGAGAUGAUAAGCACCAUUAUGGUGGUGGUGGAGGAGGAUAUGGAGGUGGCGGAUAUGGCCACGGAGGACACGGCGGUGGCGGGUAUGGGCACGGUGGACAUGGCGGUGGCGGUGGUGGUGGCUAUGGCCACGGCGGUCACGGCGGAGGAGGAUGCAAGUACGGUUGCUGCGGGCAAGGCUACCACGGAGGCUGCCAAAAGUGCUGCUCAUACGAGGGAGAGGCUGUGGAUGCAACAAAGCCUUAAGCCUCACCACUAUAUAUACACUUCGUACAUGCAUAUAAAAUAGUGUAUUGGCAAUCUGAUCUGUAAUAAUAUAUAUAUGCUUGUAGUGAAGUAGCCUUACUGUUACUUCUCUGCAAUAUCUUUAUCAUAAAUAAAUGAUUUGGUUGUCAUACAA